CCCACCGCCUGGCCUCGUGGCCGCGUGCCCUUUAAGAGAAGCGGGAGGGGGCUCGGAGCAUCUUGGCUGCGGUGUUUUUGUCUCUCUGUCAGUGAGCGCUCCUCCUGGGCCGAGGCGACAGAAAGGAUUUGCGCAGGGCAGGUGCUGACUGUAAGAGAGCAAGAAAAGGAAGGGAGAGGCAAGGGGCCUGGGGAGGAGAGAUCCCAUCCUCGCAGCGCAAGCAGCUGGUGAGGUGUUUGUGUGACUGUCUGAAAAGCAGCCACAGGCGCAUUAUGGCACAGGUGCUGCAUAUGGACCCCGGCUUCCCAGGGAAACUCAACCCACCUGCCCCCCCUUCCCUGCACGCCAAAGAACAGGAGGCACCCUACUCAGUGGAGACCCCCUAUGGCUACCGUCUGGACCUAGACUUCCUCAAAUAUGUUAACGACAUAGAGAAGGGGAACACUAUCAAGAAGGUGCCUGUUCAACGCCGGCCACGCUAUGGCUCUUUGCCCCGUGGCUAUGGCUACGCUGGCUCCUGGUGGACCUCCACAGAGUCUCUCUGCUCCAAUGCCAGCAUGGACAGCCGGCAUUCCUCUUACUCCUACUGUGCCCCAGGCUACCAUACAUCACAAAGGCCCAGCUUCAGCACUGCCCGGGUGGAGAAGACUCUGUUGGAUGCUCGCAGGAAGCUGGAAGAAGAGAAAGAGGGACGGAGAUUCUCCAAUCUUGGCAGCAUGCACAGCAGUGUAGUUGGCUCUAACACCUCCAUCAGCAGCGCACACAGCUUCAACCGGUCACAGGGUGGAGGUGGAUCUUUCACUCCCAUGAGCUCUGGCCUGUCCACCCCAGUAACUCCAACCCCAGCUCACUUGCAACAUGUCAGGGAGCAGAUGGCUGCAGCCCUGAGAAAGAUAAGGGAGCUAGAAGAGCAGGUGAAAACAAUCCCUGUGCUCCAAGUUAAAAUCUCAGUGCUGCAGGAGGAGAAACGGCAGCUCAGUGUCCAGCUGAAGAGCCAGAAGUUCCUGGGCCACACUCUGGGGUUCAACCGAGGUCGUCCCAGAGGGGAGCUCUAUAUUGACAUCCCUGAAGAAGACAUGAGCACUGGAAAGGGGAGCAACAACAAUAAGCCAGCAGGGUCACUGUCCCCCACCACACCUGAUGGGUCCAAGCAAGACUCAGGGUGUGAGAUUGAGGACACAGUGAUUGUGAGUGGAGUGCGACCAGAUGCAAAGCGGGAAGUGCGCACCAUUGGCGUGGGACCAGAGGACUCAAGAGGAAGUCGUCAUGUGGGGGUCUGGGUUCAAGAGAAGGAUCUGGGACUGCUGCCUGAGACAGAAGUCCUCAAAAAUCAAGUGGGUCAGCUUGAGGGUCAACUACAGAGGACAAUGCAGGAACUACAGGCUGCACAGCAGCAGGUGGCAGGAGUCCAGAAGGGCCCUCAGGCAGAGCAUCCAGUCAUAGCAACGAGCCUGGGCUGGCAGGAGCCUCAAGGCUGCAGCCUGCAUACACUAGUCAGCUUCACACAGCAACGACACCAGAGGGACCAGAGAACUGUAGGAAUUCAGGUGUACACACUGGAGCAGCCUACUGUGGUAGAGGUGGGAACACUGCUCCGAGCAGAGACCUGCAGCUCCCCCCCCAUUCAGCCAGCUGCUGGAGGCGUGGAAGACCACCAGAGAGGGCAAAUUGAAGAUGCUCCAGUUGAGUUGCCGAUUGCAGUCAGCUCUAAGCAGGUACGCGAUGUCUUGAAGAGCAGGUUGUCCACCUCAGUACCUGUAGCUAAUCCUGCCAUUGCUGUUGCAUCUGAUGAUCGGAUUGUGCAUAAUAAGGAAGAAGCAAAUGAUUCUAUCCAAUCACAAGAAGGCUUACCUAAGACAGCUUCAUCUCCCCAAUUGUCUCUGAGAUCAAUUAUGAAGCGGAAAGCAGAAGGUGAACCAGGCUCGCCCUCUACGAAGAAAAACCUACAGUUUAUUGGAGUCAAUGGAGGCUACGAGUCCACAUCCUCAGAAGAUAGCAGCAGUGAGAGCUCAGAUGAGGGGAGUGACUCUAGUGAAUAUCAUGAAGCCAGAGAAAAACUUCCAGAGUCUACAGUCCAGCACCAGCAGACAAUACACAACAAGGAUUCCAAGCAAGAAGAAAGCACCAGUGUACCUCAGCAAAAUGCUGUCAAACUACCAGCUGCCAUUCCAGACUCAAGUCCCAGCCAGUCUGCAGCUGUAGACACAAUGCCAUCAAACAAAGCACCUCAGUCACCAGCGACAGACACUGUGGUGCAAAAAUGUGCCUCACAGCCACCAGCAUCAGACCACGCCAUACCUCCUCCAUGUUCAUCAAAUGAUUCUGAGACUGUCAAACAAUCAUCAGAAAAGCACAAACAGGUCACCUCCACACCAGUUAGCACUGAAUCCACUCCUGAGCAGAAGGCUUCACUUACCUGUUCUUCAUCACCUGGCCUCACUAAAAUCAGUGAUAACGCCCAGCAGCGGUACAGCGUCCAGUCAGAGUGCAAACCAGCAGAUGAACGUAUUUCAAAUGAGACUGCGACAGCGCCUUCAAAACAAGUCAGACUGGAGCUGACUGACAGCCUGAUGUUAGCUCUGCAUGCCCUGCAGAAAGCCCUGGGGGAACCUAAUGCCUUCAGCCAACAAGGAGCAAGGGCAGCUUACACCACAGUGCUGCAAGAGUGGCUACGUGUGUCCUGCCACAAAACGGCCGACACAGCUGUUGUCAAGGCCUACAUGGACACUUUCGCCUCAGUCUCCCCUCAGCUGCUGGAGUUUGUCAUAAAUAUGGCUGACGGCAACGGGAAUACAGCCCUUCACUACACUGUCUCCCACUCCAACUUCCCCGUGGUGAAACUUCUGCUGGACACUGGCUUGUGUAACGCUGACAAGCAGAACAAGGCGGGCUACACAGCCAUCAUGCUGACGGCUCUGGCUGCCUUCCACUCCGACAGUGACCUUCAAACUGUCCUGCAGCUGCUGCGCACAGGGGAUGUCAAUGCCAAGGCCAGCCAGGCUGGACAGACAGCGCUGAUGCUGGCAGUCAGUCAUGGUAGAGGGGACAUGGUGCGAGCGCUGCUGUCCUGCGGGGCACAAGUUAACAUCCGCGAUGACGACGGCUCCACUGCACUCAUGUGUGCCUGUGAACAUGGUCAUGUGGACAUUGUGCGUCAGCUGCUAUCAGUGCCAGGAUGUGAUGCCACUCUCACCGAUAAUGAUGGCAGCACUGCUCUGUCCAUUGCCCUUGAAGCCAGUCAGAAUGACAUCGCUGUGCUUCUGUACGCUCACCUCAACUUUGCAAAGCCUCCAUCCCCUGUUUCCCCCAAGUCUCCGCUCUUGGGCUCCUCUCCUCCUGCUGGUGAACUAAAGUAAACCACACGCCUACUGCUCAGCUACACAGCCAAUCCACAGAUGUUUAUUCAUCUAUGUACUUAAAGGAAACAUCAAGUUUGUUUGUGUGUUUGUUUUCACCCUGAAUAAUUUAAUUAUGUGCAGAUAAUUACGUGAGAGCUCGCACCAUUGUUACUCAUUGCUUAUCGUACACAGUGGUCUUACUUUAAUCCCAGUGGUGGUUGGAAAAGUGUGAAACUGAACAUUGAAUGGAUUUCGUUCUAGUUUUGCAACAAUCCAGUUGUCAGCACUGUUUUUACAAAUCCAAACUGUUCACCGCAUUUCACUAUACGUUCAAUUUUUAUGCACUCGUUCUGUAAUUCCAUAUCAGUUUUAUAUAAGUUGGCUCAUAGAGCAGUGUGUUUUCAUUGUACCAUAGGUGUUUCACAGUAGCAUCGUUUUGUGUGACCAUCACAGUCAUUUGGAAUAACUGAAGCCACCCCUCUCGUGGGUAAGUGUCCUUGCAUCAACUAGCUCAUUGGUGCUACAAAAUAUAACACUCCAAUAGUCUGUUGAUAUUUAUACACAAGAUUUAUUUACUUGAGAGUAUUUUUGAUAUUGAUUUUUUUUUUAAUCAUUCUGACUUAAUUCAGGACCUCGUGGUUUUAUUUCCCAGGUGUUGGUUAACUUUACACCUUUUUAACCAGUUUUAUGUGUUUAUCACAUUCCCCAAAUCAAACCCAAAGAUGUCUGUUUCACAUCACCUCUUUUUAAAGCUGCUUAUUGUGGUAAUAAUGUUAACACAGGUGGUGUUAAAGAGGAGAGAGGUUACCAUUGUUCUCUGAUGGCUGCGGUACUAUGGUCUUUGUAUUUUUAUAUGUGAAGGUUUUUCGGAUGGUUGAUUAGAGGGUAUCUGUGUUUGUGAUGUGUGCUCAUAAAAUUUAACAAGACUUUGUUGAGAGAGCGCUGGUGAAGCCAGUGAGAUUUGUCAGGGAACCAGAAAGUAAGUGAUUUUGGUCUUAAAAGGGCGUGCCAUGUAAGAUAGGAAUAUUAAAAUAAUAUAUGUCAGUGUAAACUGGUAAUAAUUAUGCCUGAAAUCGAACUCCUUGAACUAAAGUGCAUAGGCUAUUGAUGUCAAAAUUUCUAUUACUUUUUAAAGAUGUUUUACCAAUUUUCAUAUUCACUUUUAAGCAAAUUUUUUAUAAAUUUCAAUUUUUUUAAGUAUCUAUCUUUUAUACAUUUGGAGUUUUUAAGCUCACGCCUGCGUUAUGUAAUCACACAGCUCUGUAGUUAAUGUUUUAUGAUGGUUUUAUGAAAAUGCUAGAUUGUGUGUCUCUUCUUCUAAUUUGUGCAUUUUGGAAAAUAAUAAAUAAAUGUGG